CAGAUCUCAUUUAUUUGCCGCACGCCGAGGCGUUCACAACGUUCAAAAGCUGCGCGCUCAAGCUACAAAAAAAAAAAAAAAAAAAUACAGAAGCAUCGGCAAAGCAGUGCGAGAAAACGCGAAAAGUGCAUCUAAGAUAUUCGCUUUAAAAUUUAAAUGAUCCAACCAUAAACGUGAUAGAGCGUCUGCCUACCAUUACGCAUAAAUUAAUUUCCACAAUCUAAUGAAGUAAACAUCUUCGCUUGAAGGACACUUUGGCAAUAAAUUGUACAAUCGACAAAUAUUACUAAGGAAAAUCACUAAUCAACAAAUCCAACCGGCAGCUGCAGUCAUAGCCAUUUAAAAAUGUCGCCGUUGCUUCCACUGGUAUCGCUAAUCAUCUUGGCCAAUUUGGUGGCAGCUCGACCCUAUUCCUAUGGUCCACGGGCAGAAGCGCCUCCCACGAGAUUGGCCAACCGGAUUGUGGUGCAGUCGCCCUCGCUGGACAACUUGUAUAUGGACUACGUGGUCACAUCAAAGCCGCUGAAUCUGCGCAAGUACAACAAGAACGGCAGUAAGACGAAAAAAACGAAAAAGGAUUCGAAAAUAUAUUACAUACCCGUACCCCCACUGCCCUUCCGCCACAUACCCGGCAUCGGCUUGGACUAUCAGCCGAUGAAAAUCAAUCCCAUCCUCCAAGAGUCGGAGAGCACAACGAGGAAGACCACAACGGUUCGACCACCGACGACGACGACAUCUAGCCCCAAUCUGGAUCAUCGGAAUCCGAGCAAAGUACUUCGAGUGCAACACCUCAAGGAUUACUACUUCAAUGGGCGUCCGCAUCGACUGCAGGUGGCCCAUGCCGAUAAGAAGUCCGGACUGACAGCCCUUAACCUGAAGUCCAACUUUUACUACAACAAAAACAUUAUUUAUUAGUACUGUUAGUUAGAAAAUAAUAAAAACAAAAGAAAGCCCUACAA